UACAUAUGUGAGGUUAAUCAUGCCUCUAUCUGUAUUCACUGACACUUUUUAGCCUUGACUGCCAUGCCUGGCAUCUAGCCUCCAAUUCUUCAGCAAAAUGUCUGCAACAAUAUACUCGGAAGUUACUGAUAUUGAUGGACUGAUUUCUACCGACGCGUACGUCAAAUGCCGAAACAGCAGCGAUGUGGAAAGGAUAAUCCCCUGGGUAUUCAAACAUCAUGAUAUCGCUAAAGCGAACUGCACUCGCUUUUGGCCGAAAGAAGAGUCGGAGUUCAAGGACUUCUUCUACCACUUUUCCUGUUACCGUGCUGAAUUAAACGAACUCGACCCAGUGCAGAUUCCAUUAUUCUUGAAACAGGACGAAAAAGUCACACUGCCGAGGCAAAAUUGGGAAACACCCCGGAGAGCACCACAAUUUCUCCAACCCACAGGGUAUGAUGUUGAAGGUUUUGAUGCAGACUAUGUAUGAUAAUCUCGAAGACCUCGCGGAGAAUCGCCCUGAACUUCAGUAAGC